UCUACAUCACCAUGACUCUUUGGAUCCGCUCUCUACCUCUCCUGCUGCUGCUGGCUGUUUCAGCUCCUACAGUUAGCUAUGCCGCUCCCAACCAGCGUCUAUGUGGCUCUCAUCUGGUGGAAGCCCUCUUCCUGGUGUGUGGAGAUCGGGGCUUCUACUAUUCUCCCAGGUCACGACGGAACAUGGAACAGCCGCUUGUAAACGGUCCUUUGCCGAACGAGGUGGAAGUACCACUCCAAGAACUUCAGAAAACGAAGAGAGGAAUUGUGGAGCAAUGCUGUGAAAACACCUGCUCUCUCUAUGAACUAGAGAACUAUUGCAACUAGAAGACAGAAAAUGGCCCAAGCAGGAAUGGAGAGAAAAGCACUUUGCUACUGCACCUUUUAUGUCACUAAAUAA